GGAAGGCGCGUUCUCAGUUCCGGAGCGGUCUCCAUCGGCAGUGGGAAAGUAACUCCUGUGGCUGAAUCAUGGCGUCCGUGGGGACCCUCGCAUUCGAUGAAUAUGGGCGCCCCUUCCUCAUCAUCAAGGAUCAGGACCGCAAGUCUCGGCUUAUGGGACUUGAGGCCCUCAAGUCCCAUAUAAUGGCUGCAAAGGCUGUAGCAAAUACAAUGAGAACAUCUCUUGGACCAAAUGGACUGGAUAAGAUGAUGGUAGAUAAGGAUGGCGAUGUGACUGUAACUAAUGAUGGGGCCACCAUUUUAAGUAUGAUGGAUGUUGAUCAUCAGAUUGCCAAGUUGAUGGUUGAACUAUCCAAAUCCCAGGAUGAUGAAAUUGGAGAUGGAACCACAGGAGUGGUUGUCCUGGCUGGUGCGUUGCUGGAAGAAGCCGAGCAGUUGCUAGACCGAGGCAUUCACCCCAUCAGGAUUGCUGACGGCUAUGAGCAGGCUGCCCGAAUUGCUAUUGAGCACCUGGACAAGAUCAGUGAUCGUGUCCUCGUUGACAUAAAGAACCCUGAACCACUGAUUCAGACUGCAAAAACCACUCUGGGCUCUAAAGUUGUUAACAGCUGUCAUCGACAAAUGGCUGAGAUUGCUGUGAAUGCUGUCCUCACCGUGGCCGAUAUGGAUCGGAGAGAUGUUGACUUUGAGCUCAUCAAAGUAGAAGGCAAAGUGGGUGGGAGGCUGGAGGACACCAAACUUAUUAAGGGUGUGAUCGUGGACAAGGAUUUCAGUCACCCCCAGAUGCCAAAAAAAGUGGAAAAUGCUAAAAUUGCAAUUCUCACAUGUCCAUUUGAACCACCUAAACCAAAGACAAAACACAAGCUGGAUGUAACCUCUGUGGAAGAUUUUAAAGCCCUUCAAAAAUAUGAAAAGGAGAAGUUUGAAGAGAUGAUUCAACAAAUUAAAGAAACUGGUGCUAACCUAGCCAUUUGCCAGUGGGGCUUUGAUGAUGAAGCAAAUCAUUUACUUCUUCAGAAUAACCUGCCUGCGGUUCGCUGGGUAGGAGGACCUGAAAUUGAGCUGAUUGCCAUUGCAACAGGAGGACGGAUUGUCCCUCGAUUCUCAGAACUCACAGUUGAGAAGUUGGGCUUCGCUGGUCUGGUACAGGAGAUCUCAUUUGGCACGACUAAAGACAAAAUGCUGGUCAUUGAGCAGUGUAAGAAUUCCAGAGCCGUAACCAUCUUCAUUAGAGGAGGAAAUAAGAUGAUCAUUGAAGAAGCAAAACGGUCUCUCCAUGAUGCUUUGUGUGUCAUCCGGAACCUCAUCCGUGAUAACCGUGUGGUGUAUGGAGGAGGUGCUGCUGAAAUAUCUUGUGCUUUGGCAGUUAGCCAAGAAGCAGAUAAGUGUCCAACCUUGGAGCAGUAUGCCAUGAGAGCUUUUGCAGAUGCAUUGGAGGUCAUCCCCAUGGCCCUUUCUGAAAACAGUGGCAUGAAUCCCAUCCAGACCAUGACUGAAGUCCGAGCUAGACAAGUAAAGGAGAAGAACCCUGCUCUUGGAAUUGACUGUUUGCACAAGGGUACAAAUGAUAUGCAACAACAACAUGUCAUAGAAACCUUGAUUGGCAAAAAGCAACAGAUAUCUCUUGCAACACAGAUGGUUAGAAUGAUUUUGAAGAUUGAUGACAUCCGUAAGCCUGGAGAAUCUGAAGAAUAAAAAUUUAAAAGUUUAGAAUAAAAUGUAGUAGCAAGAUUUACUACUGUGAUUAAAUAAAUGGGUGUCUUGUGAUGCAGCUACAGUUAUUUAUUAUCACUUCCCUUUUUCAGAUACUGUAGAUGCUAUAAUAAAAAUAGUUGUUUGGUAACCAUGGUUUCACUUGUUCAGAGCUGUGUAAUUGUAGGGAUACUGUCUCACAAGCUUUGUAUUCAUUAAAGAGAUCUCUUUAAACAUAAUCUUAAUCUUCUUCAAGAAACAUUUAGUGUACCAUUAAUUAAAAGCUGCCUUAAUUGAA